AUGGCUUCAGCAGACGGGCGGCCUCAGAAAAUCGCGCAAAACAGGCCGUGCUUUCGAAGGCAGUGGUUGUUGGGUGACGACGAAGGCUGGUGUCCCCCUAAAUAUCGUGGUGUCUCACCUUUGAGGCGUGUGUCUAGGUUUGCCAUCAUCGACCUAACUCCUGUAGAUGUUGGGAUGGGAAAGGAAUUUUCUUUCCUGAUUGAUGGCCAGCGUGUCAGAGUCCCCGCCGAGGACCGCAUCCCAGGAGUCUCCAUCGUUCCCCGGGGCAUCUACGUAGUCAUCGAGACGGACUUCGGGCUGGUGGUGAAGUUUGAUGGAAACCACCACUUGGAGAUUCAGCUGCCCGGAACUUAUUUUGGGAAGGUUUGUGGCAUGUGUGGUAACUUCAACAACCAGACUGCAGACGAUUAUCUGAUGUCAGACGGACACUUGGCGGUUAACGACAGCCAGCUUGGAAACAGCUGGAAAGCUCCCGGGGAUAGUGACGUGGGCUGCCAGCCAGACAGCCGCCCGGAUUUGAACCCCAGCUGUUCCGCCCAGGAACUGGAGCGCCUGAGCGCCUUGUGCCUGGAGAUCAUGGCGCCCAAGUACCAGGCCUGCCACGCCCUCAUCAACCCCGAGCUUUUCUUCCACAACUGCCUGUACGACAUGUGCCAAUACCAGGGCCUCGGCUCCCUCCUCUGCGACAACCUCCAGGCCUACGUGGAGGCCUGCAAGAGCUACGGGGUGACCGGCAUCUCCUGGAGGAACAGCACCUUCUGCCGCUUCCACCAGUGCGUGAUCUCGGGGGACCCCCACUACCGCACCUUCGACAACUUUGUCCACCACUUCCAAGGCCGGUCCACCUACACCUUGACCCGGACGAUGGGGCGAGUCCCUGAUGGGCUGGAAGGCCUCUCGGUGGACGGCCUCUACGUGGAGGUGCUGGGCUUCCGCGUCACUCUGAUGCAGGGGCGCAAGAUGGCGGUCAACGGCGUGAGGGUCACUCCUCCUUACUCCCCCACAGAGGGGCUCCAGAUCACCCAGAGGGGCCGCAGGCUGAUUGUGGAGACCAAUUUCGGUUUCUCGGUCUCUUACGACGGCCACAAUUCUGCCGAGAUUGUCCUGCCCAGCACCUACAAAGAACGGGUUGGCGGCCUCUGCGGGAAUUACGACGGCCGUCGCAACAAUGAGUACAUCAAGCCAGACGGGACGCGGGCCCGGACGCUCAACGCCUUCGGCAAGAGCUGGCAGGUUUCAGUCAAGAGCAAGGAGCUGGACGGAGGCAGCUGGACCCUCGGCCGGGCCAGAGCCAGGCGUCAGGAGCCGGAAGAGGAAGAGCCCGAAUCGGGGUUCGAGAUGGACUGCACCCCAGACCAGCUGGCCUUCGUCAACGGGACCAGCGCCUGCGGGGCCUUGUCGGACCCCAGGGGCCCCUUCUCGGCCUGCCACGCCCGGGUGUCCCCUGGCCCUUUCCACAGUGAGAGCUGCGUCUACGACCUGUGCGCCUUGUUUAACGACACGGAGCUGCUGUGCCAGGCCCUGGAGGCCUAUGCCCAGCUGUGCCGGGAGCAGGAGGUGGACCUGGGGCCCUGGCGGGAGAAGAUGGGCUGUUCGGUGGAGUGCCCAGCCCACACCAGCUACCAGCCCUGCAUGACCGCCUGCCCUACCAGCUGUGCCAACCUGGCUGCCCAGUCCAGCUGUGAGGCCCCAUGCGUGGAGGGCUGUGCCAAACCCGGCUACGUCCUCAGCGGGCUGGUCAGCGUGCCCUACGGCCAGUGCGGCUGCUCCAGCAACGGCCAGUAUUACCAGAUCAACGAGACCUUCGUGACGGAGGACUGCGCCAAGCGCUGCACCUGCCGGGCCACAGACCGCCUGGAGUGCUUCCCAGUCGGCUGCGGCCCUGGGGAGAUCUGCGCCGUCUCCGACUUCGUCCGCGGCUGCUUCCGAGACAACGCCUGUGUCAGCAACCCCUGCCAGAACGAGGGGAAGUGCCAGGUCACCCCGGAGGGCUUCAAGUGCGCCUGCGUCGAGGGCUACAUCGGACCCCUCUGCGAGGACUCCCCAUUUGAGAGGAGCCCCCCGGGACCCGACUUGCUGACCAUCCUGCUGAGCGUCUUCAUCCCCCUGGCCGUCAUCCUCCUCCUGACCCUGAUCAUCCUCUGCGUCUGUCGGCACCGGAACCAGUAA